UCGGGCUUGAAUGGAAUCCUUUACCUGUAGCUCUGGGGAAACUGUACACUGAAAAUCUACAACGAGACUUCAGUGCCCGUCAAAACCACAAUGGAGACAACUAAUGAUACCACAAAAAUCCUGGGGAAAGGUCCUGAAUACCUUCGUAAACAAAUGGAUUUAGAGAGUGAGACAAAAGGACGCAUGAGUGCCGUGGAGAGGCUCGCCGCAAGUAAACCAAAAUACGUCAAAAGCCAACAGGUGGUUAACUCAACUCAGGAGCCAGUGAUUAGCCUUGGAUCGGCCUCUGUGAGUAGCACUGGGUCCUCUAACCGAAGCUCACACCGGGAUGGGAAUCUUCCUACAGGGAGUCACUUGACAGGGAAUACACUCACUGUGCAAAUCUCUUCACCAGUGCAGGCACAUCGCUCCAGCGCCAAAAAACGACCAGACUCUCUUCUAAUUUACAGACAGAAAUGUGAGUUAUUGAGAGGGCCAGCAAAUGAACGGAAACACCAUAUAACCCGUAAGUUGUUGCUCAACCCUGUGAAUAAAAAUGCCCCAUUAUCCGAGGGGACAGAUAAGGAAUGUGAGUCUCAGGGCAACGGGGGAAAAAUCACCACGCCUAAGGAAACAGCAAAGGAAUGGAAUCCACAUGUAGUUAUCUCUAAACCGGAGAGCAAUGGAGUGACAGAAGAGUGCAGAAUCAAGAACAGUGACUCUGGUACAAAACCUAAGGCUGGAGUUGUAAAUGCAUCUAGUGGUCUCCUGACAGUUCCUGAGGUUGAAAGGAGGUCUGGCAAAGGAGUCAGUCGUUCUCACUCUGAUAUCAGCUCCAGGUAUUCCAAAAACUUUGCAGACUUUGAUGUUUUUUUCAAGUACUGCGGGCUGGACGGUGAGGUCAUUGAGUCUUUGGGGAAGGACAACUUCUCGGCUCGCUCAGAUGAAAUUGCAAUAAUGGUUCGGAGUGUCAGUGUUUCCACGUCAGAUGAUGGCUUUUCCAGGAACAGUAGUGACAGCGAUGCGCUCAUGGAGGAAAAGCUGCACGAGAAGAUACGUCAAGAGACCUCAGUUAUUGAGCGCAACGCACGGAUUAUCAAGUGGCUGUACAGCUGUAAAAAUGCUAGUGACACUGGAAAAAAGUUACGAGAUCUUCACUGAUUGCGCUUUUUCUUUUUACCAAGUGAUGUUACAUAAAAGUUAUAUUUUGAGGACAAAGAUGGAAGUAGUUUCUUGUUUUUGGCCUUAGAAAACACUGAAUGAUACCCUACUUUUCCAACUGUACCUAAAUCUUAGGAUAUGUAUUGUGUAUGCUGCAUGUGUGUGUGUGUGUGUGUGUGUGUGUGUGUGUGUGUGUGUGUGUGUGUGUGUGUGUGUGUGUGUGUGUGUGUGUCCUUUACUGAUGACUUUUCUGAGAGCAAAUGAUGACUGGGUGAUUUCUUAUUUUUUUCUAAUUUUUUUUUUACUUGCACAGGACCAUCUAUGAUCUCAGUUACACUGGAAACAGAUAAAAUACAAUGUCAUAAAAGCGAUACAAAAACAAAAAGUAUUUACAUUAUUCAGCUUCAACAUUUUUAGGAUUACUGGCUUAUUUAAUAUAAUACUUUUGCGUUCUAUUCAGACUCUAUAAAAAAACAUUUCUGUAUUAAAUAUGGUCAAACAUGCAUACAAGAAGGCAAGCAGUAAUUCAAAAGAAUUCAGUGAAGUGCUGUGAUAUGAAGCAAAAACAUACUAGUAUGAACUAGUUUGGGAUUAUCUUCUUUUUUCAUAAAAAUAAAAUACUUUUAAGUUCAGUGAUUUUGGUUGUGAGCCUUUUUAAAGUAAAUGGCCCACAGUCAUAUAGACUUACAUUGUUUAUAAAAGCUAUACUGUAUUUUUAUGCGACUAUAAUUUAAAGCUUUUGAAAAUGUACAAAAUUUGUCAACAUGACAUACUUCCUGCUAAUGAUAACUCAACGUCUAACAAUGCUGCAGCAAUUCUAGCUGUAGCUUUUUGAUGAGUUGUCAUCAAUGUUACAUAAUUCAUCUACAAAACAUUUGUGUGUUUAUUUAUUAUUCAUUAACAUGCAAUUAUUUUAUACGAUCACUUAUAAAAUGUACUAUUUGUAAAGAGUGGUACUAUUAUUUUAAGAUAAAAGGCUCACAGCUCAUGGCCUUUUGAUUCUUCCCAGGAACAUUAAAAGGAGUCUCACACUGAUGCUCAUAAAUUCUGCUCCUCUGCGAAUACCUUUAGGCCACCUCAAACAUGAAAGCAUCCCUAAAUCAGAAUUUGUACAACCUGCCUUUUAAGUUUAUAAUCCAAUAAUGUGCACUCCCAUUUCUCUCGGGGUGAAAGGUAUACAUUCCAUCACACCAACACACAUGAAGACACACACACCCACACACAACCUGGAGACUUACUCUGAGUUUACCCAUAACUACUGCCUGCCAAACUCUGACCAUAACUUAUCCUAAUGUUAAAAGAUAGCUUUAAUAUAUAAAUUUGAAUGAUUUAGAUCAUGAGGAUUUGUUCCCUUGUCCACAUACAAAAAAAAAUUUGCAUGUAUGUGUGUAAAUAAAUUUAGGUCACCACAACAAGUGUAAUAUCUGCCACCCCACAGACACUCAAAUGCAAACCACAGCAACUGAUACAAAAAAAUUUACGUAUGGAAGAUCUGCUUAUAUUUAACAGAUGUAUGAAAAAACAUUUGAGGAAGUGGUUAUUUUCCUCGCAAACUUUCCCUUAGAUCUGUUAGGGGAAUGUGCUUAAUAAUCUGAUCGGCUUAUGUCCAGUGACCCGUUGUUGUUGUAUCUCUCUCCCAAGCUCCGUCUGCUUUGUCUCUUCAUUGCUUUCUCUCUCUUUUUGUCUUUUAGCCAAGUUUUUUUUUAUUCUUUGAAGCUCAGUGGCUGAACAUGAGCUGGGGGAAAGGAAUGGAAAGACUGUGCUUGACGCAGUAUGUUAAACGUAUUGCCACCUAUUCAGUUUCACUCAUUGUCUUCUUACAGAGAAAGAAACAAACAAUAUACGUUAUAAGUUCAUGUGAGUGGGCACAAAGUAGUUAGCUGGUGCAGACACACCUUUCACUUCUCCAAAUGCCUGACUGACUGUUUAGUACAAGCCUCCACUUGUUGGUUGCCAAAAGUAGAGGUUACCUGUUGAUAAUGAUAGUCAUCAAUAUGUGAUUAUUGAUUGUGAAUGUGAACUCACUAUUGCUACAAGUUUGCAUUUAAUUUUGUUUUUUAUAUGUAAAACUUAAAAUUUUUGUACUCCUAGAUAAUUUGUAUAUCUUUACCACCUUUUGCCCAGUUUUACUGCUACUGAAAACAUAAAACACAA